AUGUCGCGUCCAAAUCAGCGGCAUGACCUGUCACGUCACAUGAUAAAUGAGAGGUCUGGUCGAACUCUCCUUCCCAAAUCAACAUCUACGCAACAUGCACCACCCCAGCGGAAAUCUAGCCAUAGACGACAAAACCCUGUCAAUCAGACCGCCGUCGCUGGUCCAUCACUAUACCCAGGAGCUCAGGAUACGGGGUUGGGGGCAGAAAACGUGGUAUCUGGAUCACAAAUGGACGAUGCUAAUGUCGGGACAGUUGCACCAGCAGCCACGCUCCGUCGGGCAACUCCACAUUACGCGACUACUCCUAAUUCCGUGGAAAUCCCAGACGCCGCUCCAUCGGCUCCGAACAAUCUCCAGCAUCCAAGCUCGCUCGUCAUGGCACCACUCCCAGGCGCUUCUGCGGCACCACACAUGGCUGUGCCAGUGGCUCAGCCCAUCGCCCCAGCACCUCAGUCAUAUCAACCACCUGUGAGGAUGGAUUUACCCGCUGUAACACCUUCAAUGCCCACCCCGCAAUGGACGCCCCCGGACGCUUAUGUCUCAAUGACAGCAGUCAGGCAGGCUGACAAGCUGAGGGAUCUUGACAGGAGGGUCACACAAUUGGAAAGGGCGAGCAAAGGUGGUGAUGAAGCUGCAAGACAGAAAAAGCAGAGGAGAGGCUAA